UUCAGUUUUUCAUGCAAAGAGAACGUGAAAAUGGGAAUUGUAAAGAAUGAGAUGAGACUGCCAGAUAUGAAUGCGAAGUAAAAUUCUAUCUGGUUUUUGUUAAUGUUCAGAUAACAAUGGCGAAGAGAUUUUUGGCAGACAGUUCGCAAUCAUUAGCCAAUUCUCCAGAGGAAGCUCCGCAAUCUGAUAGUUCUCAUCAUAAAUACAUUUUGGGAGGAGUUAUUAUCGCUGUUUUUGCAGUCUUGUUGGGCGUCUCGUUGUUCUUCUUUUUCUGGAGAAAGCUCUUGCCACUUCUAAGGCGAAAAUGGACUCAAAGAGGAGGACUCAGAGCUGAAAGUUUAAUGUUAAGGUGCUUCCAGCUAGAGGAGCUACAGAGGGCAACUAAGAAUUUUAGUGAAGAAUGUUUAGUGGGUUCAGGGGCAUUUGGAAAUGUGUACAAAGGGACAUUUGAUGCUGAAGGAAUUCUAGCAAUCAAGAGAGCUCAUGCUGGUUCAUACCAAAGUGUUGAAGAAUUCAGAAAUGAAGUGAGACUGCUUUCAAAAGUAAGGCACAGGAACCUCGUUGGUUUGGUGGGGUUUUGUGAAGAAACUGGACAGAAAGGAGCAAAAGUAUUGGUUUAUGAAUACGUACCAAAUGGCUCUCUGCUUGACUACAUCAUGGGGAGAGGAGGCAGAAGCCUAACCUGGAGGCAAAGAGUAAACAUUGCAAUUGGAGCAGCUAAAGGGAUUGCUCAUUUGCAUGAAGGGAUAAAGCCAAGCAUAAUCCACCGUGACAUAAAACCAAGUAAUAUUUUACUAGGAGAGGGAUUUGAAGCGAAGGUUUCUGAUUUUGGUCUUGUGAAAAUGGGACCAAUUGAUGAUCAAUCUCAUGUCAGUAGCCAAAUCAAAGGGACGCCAGGAUAUCUUGACCCUGCAUAUUGUUCAAGUUUUCAUUUGAGUCCUUUCAGUGACGUUUAUAGUUUUGGCGUUAUUCUUCUACAGCUCAUUGCUGCCAGGCCUGCAGUUGACACAACCAGAACUCAACCUAAUUAUCACAUCAUUGAAUGGGCAAGGCCUAGCAUAGAGAGGGGCAAUAUAGAAGAGAUUUUAGAUGCAAAUCUUCUAACUGCGCCAUGCAACAAGGAGAUCAUGCAAAAAAUGGGAGAACUUGGUCUAAGAUGUGUGGUGAAAAUGCCCAAAGAUCGUCCUACAAUGACUCAAGUAUGGCAAGAAUUGGAGGAGGCUCUUCAUUCUGGUGAAAACUUCAACCACAAACGGCGGUCUACUUCGACUUCGAAUGAAUCUCGAAGAUCAUCGAUAGGGCGGUCUCGAAGAUCAAUUGACAAUGAUCAUUCUCAAAGCUUUGUGAGCAUAGAUGGUGUGGGAUUUCAAAGGUUUCGCAUAGAGAUGGAUAGCCAGUCAUUUCAAAGCACAAGCUUGAGGCGUUUUGAGAUGGAUAGUAUUAGCAUUGAUGUUGACAAGAACAAUUUGAGAGGAAUCAGAGAAGAAGAUGUUAAAACUUGA